AUCGUUGCACACUUUACGGCAUAAUCAUGGCUCUCUUAAAGUCUUAUGACCUUUGGAUUAUUUUAUUUCUGUCUUUAUGGGAAUCAUCGCUUGGCCAGAUUGUCUAUUCAGUCUCCGAGGAGGUAAAUAAAGGAACUGUGAUCGGGAAUAUAGCAAAAGAUCUUAAGAUGAGUGCUCAGGAACUAGAAUCACGCAUGUUUCAGAUUAUGCCUGGAUCAAAUGCAAAGUAUUUUGAUGUAAAUGUGAAAACGGGGUCGCUGUUUGUCAAAGACCGGAUUGAUCGUGAGGAGUUGUGUGGCGUUAAUCAGAAAUGUGCACUGAAUUUAGAGGCUCUUGCUCAGAAUCCGCACAGACUUUAUCGAAUAGAAAUUUCAAUAGUAGAUGUGAACGACAAUGCUCCAUUAUUUUCGGACAGUACUCAUAUAGUGAAUAUUACAGAGGAUGCGAAUAUAGGGGACAGAUUUCCUUUGCCAAAUGCAAAAGAUUCAGAUGUCGGCAUUAACUCUCUGAAAGACUACAAACUUAGUUUAAAUGUUUUUUUUUCUUUAGACGUUCAUAGGGGUCAACAGAGUAUGUCUACCGAAUUAGUACUACAGAAAGCUUUAGACAGAGAGAAACAAGCCUCUAUUAUCUUAACAAUGACAGCUUUUGAUGGAGGAAAACCUCCUAAAUCUGGAACCUUGAGUGUUGUUGUUGACGUCUUGGAUGUGAAUGAUAAUAAACCUGUUUUCAGCAAACCUUUAUACAAAGUUAAAGUGAAGGAAAACACAUCAGUUGGAAACAAAAUAAUCUCCGUUUCUGCCAGUGAUUUGGAUGAGGGCAUUAAUAGUGUAAUACAGUAUUCGUUUCAUGGACGUGGAAAUACAGAUGAACUGAACCUGUUUACAAUAAAUUCUAAUCAGGGGAAAUUGUUGUUCAAGGUCAAAUUGAUUACGAGAAACACUCUGCAAUUGAACUGCGUGUUCAGGCAAGAGAUAAAGGCACCCCACCAAAAAGCACUCACUGUAAAGUUUUAAUAGAAGUUGUUGAUGAGAAUGAUAAUGCUCCAGAAAUAGUUACAACUCCUCUGAUGGAAAGUGUAAAAGAGGACGCAAA